AUGGACUCCGCAACCCAGUCCCGUUUCGAUCUUAUCGCCUCGAACCUUCAGGAAUUCCUGAACCCCGAGAUCAUUGAGAAGAUCCUGAUCGAAGGUCGCUCGCCCCGUGUUUACUGGGGAACAGCGACAACCGGUCGACCCCACAUCGGAUACUUCCUGCCCGCACUCAAGAUCGCGCAGCUCCUCAAGGCCGAUUGCGAAGUCACAGUUUUGCUUGCGGAUAUUCACGGAUUCCUCGAUAACUUGAAGGCUCCUCUCGAAUUAGUUGACAACCGCGCCAUCUACUACCGAAAUGUUGUCACAGCCCUCGUUCAGUCUGUGGGUGUCGAUACCUCCAAGUUGAACUUCGUUCUCGGAAGCAGCUACCAAAAGUCCCCGGAGUACGUCAUGGACGUUUACCGCAUGGCCUCCAUGGUCUCCGAGAGUGCUGCCAAGAAGGCCGGCGCCGAGGUCGUUAAGCAAACAGGCAAUGCGCCAUUGUCCGGACUGCUCUACCCCAUUCUUCAGGUUCUUGAUGAGCAGCACUUGAACGCCGAUUGCCAGUUGGGCGGAGCUGCCACGGAAUGGCUUCCUAAGCUCGGAUACCGCGUGCGAGCACACAUUAUGAACCCGAUUGAUCUCCUUGACGAUGCGGCAGCCGUUGCCAAGAAGAUCAAGAAGGCGGAGUGCUUCCCUAAGAUCGUUGAGGACAACGGUGUCCUCUCAAUUGUCGAGAACAUCUUGCUUCCCGCUGCCGUUCUUAACGGCCACGGCGAGUUCCGCGUUGAGCGCAGAGAGGGCGAGCCUUUGGUCUACACCUCUAUUGCUCAAGUGAAGGAGGACUAUGCCCAGGAUAUCUUAACACCUCAAAUCCUGAAGCCUGCAGUCUCUGCUGCUAUGGUUAGCCUCAUGGCUCCCAUUCAGGCUGCCUACGAGACUUCCGCCGAGUGGCAGGAGAUCACACUGAAGGCCUACCCGCCUCCUGUUGUGCACAAGAAGGUGAAGAAGCCCAAGGACCGAGGCACUCGCUUCCCUGGUGCGAAGCAAGAGCAAGAGAAGGCUUCGGAAGAGGUGCCCACCGAGAAACUUGCCGAAACCAGCAUUUAA